UGAAUGCAAAUGGCCAAAAAAUUGCAUCCCAAAUUUGACAAGUUUUCCCUCCCUUCAAAAUUUCCACAAGAAGUCUGAGGCUUAAUAGUGGGGCGACGUUCUCCUGCUGAGCUGGCAUCAGAGGUGGAAACAGAGGCAUGGAUGUGCAAUGCUGUAACUCACAAACAGGGACACCAAAAUUAUGUGGCUGUGAAGUUUAAUACAGGAAUACAAAGGUAAAGCGCCUCGGUCAUGAUCGACUGGCCCAAUUUGACGGCGCCCGGCAAUGAGGCGCUGGGCCGGAGACCCGAGGAGCUGCAGAGGUCCAAAUGUGUCCUGGGCUUCAUCCCCGUCAUCUACUACAGCAUCCUGCUCUGUGUGGGAGUACCAGUGAACAUCCUCACGGCGGUGGCGUUAUCCCGACUGGCCUGUCGCACAAAGAAAGCUCUGUACUACUACCUCCUGGCGGUGACCGGCUCCGACAUCCUCUCCCAGCUCUUCAUCAUCUUCGUCGGCUUCCUGCUGGAGACGGCAGUGUUUCACCGCGACGUCCCCGCGCUACUGCUGCACUCUGUCAGCGCUGCAGAGUUCGCCGCCAACCACGCCUCCAUCUGGUCCACCGUGCCCCUCACCGUGGACCGCUAUGUGGCGCUGUGCCACCCUCUCCUUCACCGCCAGAUCAGCUACCCCGCCCGGGCGAGGAAGAUCAUCCUGAUGGUGCUAUUGUUGUCGUUGGUGUCAGGCGUGCCGUUCUUCUGGUGGUCGGACAUGUGGAGGAACAGCCACCCGCCCACGGCGCUGGACACUGUCCUCAUAUGGACGCAUGUGACUAUCAUCUACUUCCUGCCCUGCAGCAUCUUCUUGGUGCUAAACUCUUUGAUCAUCCACACGCUGCGGGUGAGGCAGAGGCAGCAGAGGUUUGAGGACGAGUGCGGGCCGAAGUCUGCGCCUCCUCGGAGACUUGGGAAAACGACGGCGAUGCUGCUGGCCAUCACCUCCGUGUUCUCCGUGCUGUGGGCUCCCAGGACUGUGGUGGUCAUCUACCACCUGUACGUGUCAUCGGUGCACAGAGACUGGCGCGUCCACCUCGCGUACGACCUUUCUAACAUGCUGGCCAUGCUCAACACAGCCGUGAACUUCUUCCUCUACUGCUUCGUCAGUAAACCUUUCCGCGGCGCCGUGCGGGAUGUCGUGCUGCUCCGAGGGGGGCCGCUGUAUCCACGCCGCGCUCUGCCGCCGCAGCACGCCCCCACCAACGCCUCCAUCUCCUCUCUGUACAGUGUGAACAACAAACGCUCACAGCGGGACUCCACUCCCUUGUCACCUUGCAGGGCCCAAAAGCCCUCAUGACCCCUUGCCUCCUCCUCCUUUAAAUCAAAAACACCCGCCGUCCCACGGUCCCUGAGCACUCUUCACCCCAGGGACGCACAUCGCGUUCCAGCUACAACUGUGGACAUCUGCCCGUCGGCCCGGGAGCUCUCAAAGGGCCUCAAAUGAACUUUAAAGACAUUUUGUUUAUUCCAUAAAAUGUCAGCCGGUGUUUUUUCUUCAUGUAAAUCAGACGAGAUGACAGCGUAUUUAUUUUUCUUAGAAGA